AUGCCCGCCACGAGUUCUAUGUGUGCCGUCAUCUUCAACGGACCGCAGAAUGUGUCCGUUGAGCGACGUCCCAUCCCUACCCUUCAAGAUGAUGGCGAUGUCAUUGUCAAGGUCCAGGCUACAGCUCUGUGCGGCUCGGAGCUACAUGUCUUUCGUGGCCACCAGCCAUCCGAAACGGGCUUCAUUAUGGGCCACGAAUUCACCGGCAUAGUCGUUGAGAAGGGCGCGUCUGUCACCUCGUUGAACAUCGGCGACAGGGUUGUAUCUCCCUUCACCACGUCGUGCAUGCAAUGCUUCUACUGCAAAAACGACUACACAUCCCGCUGUGUUCGCAGCAAGCUAUUUGGCUGCGGUGCUCUAGACGGUGGACAGGCCGAAUACGUGCGUAUACCUGAUGCCGACGGAACGGCUAUGAAGGCCCCAAGUACCAUCUCCGACAAUGCUCUGGUGCUCAUGGCAGAUAUUUGGCCAACCGGCUUCUUCGGCGCCAAGUCUGGAUUCAGCUUACUUAAAGAGGAAGAGAGAUCCAAUGCAACCGCGGUUGUCAUUGGAUGCGGGCCCGUCGGUCUUUGUGCCGUAAUAUCCGCACUUGAGCACCGUCCCAAGCACCUCUUUGCCAUUGACAGUGUAGACAGUCGUCUGGAAAUCGCCAGAAACCUUGGCGCGGAGCCCUUGAACUUCAAGACGGACCGUGCUGGCAUGGAGAGGCGAAUCAAAGAGGUAACUGAGGGUCGUGGGGCCGACGUUGUGAUUGAGGUCGUUGGCUUGAGUCCCGCCCUCAGAACAGCGUUCGACAUUGUCAGGCCAUGGGGCGUUAUUGCCAGCAUCGGGGUCCACAACGGCGAGAUUCCAUGGACGGGCACGGAAGCAUAUGACAAAAAUCUGAGAUUGCAAAUGGGCCGAUGUCCUGUUCGGGCCAUCUUCCCUGAAGCUCUAGCUCUGUUGGAAAAAAGGCAUGACAAACUCGGAUUCAUGUUUGACCAUAUAAUGCCAUUGAACGAGGCCGUUGAAGGAUAUGCGCUGUUUGACCAGAUGAAGGUCCAGAAGAUCAUCUUCAAACCAUGA